AGACAUAUCAUCAUCCACGCCGCGAACGAUCCUCACAGGUACAUAUACGAUGCACCACAUCAUCCUCAACUUUGGACGGACCUGGGCGGCGGAGAUGAUUCGAAGGAGUGGACCUACCGCUGCUAUUUCCAUCCUCGCUGCCGGCUGCAGAAAGUGGGAUAGCGAUAUGUACGAAACCUUCGACGCCAUCGUACCUCCCAUGAUGAACCGGGUAGAGCGGCUGGAGCUAUGGGGGGAUUUCGAGAACCUCAGACACAUGUAUGCUCGGCUCAUGUCCACACCAGCUCCCGCUCUCCGGUCACUACGCCUUUCAAAUGCCCCGCACUGGCGCGCAGACGACGAGCUUGAUUUUAAUGGAUUAUUCGCGCGCCACACGCCUCUCCUUUCGACUCUCCGACUCGAUCGUGUCGCGUUUCCUGCAACAUCGUUCUACCUGUUUGAGAAUCUCAAGCACUUCGAGUUCUAUUCGGGAGCGAGUGACAUCGAUACACAUCCCUCUCCUGCCGAGCUUGUCACUGCGUUGGCGCACAUGCCGUUGUUGGAGACCCUGUCGAUCACAGGAUAUGUACUGUGUGAAUGGAGGGAGCACCGCAGCACAUUACUUUCGUCUCAGCAGUUCGCAACCAUAAAACUUCCCAACCUCCGUACUUUUACAAUGGAAGGCCACGACCAUGUUCGUGAUUACAUGCGUCGCCACAUUGAGUUUCCUGCCUCAUGUGUUGUUUCAGAGGAGCUGAUAUUGUAAUCCUGAUUAGUUGAUUGAGCUGUCUUAAC